CACAUGACCAGACAGCCUCCUUAUCCGAGGAGUGCAGGACUUCCAGAGACACUCACAGCUCCACUGAACUUGGCUGCUCAUUUUCUGACACACACUGUGGGGGAGCUUGGAUAGAGACGUGCCUCCAGUCAUUGGAGUGGAGCUGUCACAUAUAACACACAAACACACAUUUAGACAACACUCAUUUCUUAUACACACACACACACAGAGCAAACAGUCUCUUUCAUUCUCUCUCACUUGCACUCUCUCUCUCUCUCUCUCUCUCUCUCUCUCCUCCCUCCCAUCCACACACACACAAACACACACACAUACACACACACAGCACUACAGUAUAUCAGCGAGCGACGAGCGGCGAGCCAGAGGGGAGUGCAGAAAUGAAUGUGAAGAUUCUGACGCUGGUGAUUGUGCUCCUGGUGUCUCUGCUGUGUUCUGCCAGUGCUGGUCCAAUGGCCUUCACGGAACAUGGCAAAGAGCUGGAGGAAGCAGCUCCACUGAGAAAGCUGGUGCAGCAAAGCCCUUUGAGGAGCGGUCAGAGCCACAGACCAGCCGGAUGGAAGCGGAGACGCCCACGGCCCCGCCUUUCCCACAAGGGGCCAAUGCCGUUCUAGAGCAAGGCACUGCUUUAAGCGCCAUCCCCCAGGUUCUGAUUUCUAUGCUCUUCCUUUGCCAUGGGGGGCCUUGCUGCUAAGGGCCUAUGCUUGCCCAGCCUGAAGAGUGAUGUCCAUAGCACCUGCUGGUUCUUCAAGCAACUCUGUCCACAAGAAAAAAAAAAAAAAUCAGGACAAGCCGCUCAACCCUUAGCUCUAAGGAGGAACGAGGGAGGGAAGUGAUGGGGGGGUGGAGAGUUACUGAGCCCCUAGCCAUCUGAUUCUAAUCCUCUGUCACCCUAAAUGACUUGAUCUAUCUCUGUCUUCUCCCAAAUGUUGUUUUUCUUUACGUAUCAUUUGCUUUUUAGACACCAAUCAUAGCAGUCUCCUUGAGAGUCGUACACACUUAGCAUGACAUGGUUCAGACUCUCUAAGAGCAUCUGUCACUUCUCUCGUGUAAUUUUCCUGUCAAUGGAAUCUAAGGUUGGCCCCCAAUUGUGUCACUGUGUAGCAGCUUAAUGGUUUUUGCAAAGGAAGAAGGAGCUAAUCACACAACAGUUAAUUGGUCAAAUAUUAUUAUUAUUAAUAUAUUAUUUGCUAGUCUAUUUCUACUGCUCAAAGGAGUCGACAGUUGAAUGAGCAAUUAGCAAGGCAGGAGUGUUGCAUUUGACUGUGCUUUGCAUUUUCUAAUGCCAUCCACAUUUCAUUUUUGACAGAAACAAUUGCACACAUGUCCAAAUAAUCGACUUAAGUGGCAGAACUACUAUAUUUGGGAGAUUCUGGAAUCUGAAGCUAGUUUGGUGUUCGGAACUGCACUCGAGGUCUCUGUAGCAGCAUGUGUCAACUCAAAUGAGUCUUAAACUCCAAAUUUCAUUUUCAGUCGUUACCCUACCACCUUUCUGCCACACGACUGUUAACUGGCAUUGGCAGUCUGUCCCACUUACAGGCUUGCCUUGCCUUUUAAUGAAGUGCCAAAUGAUGAAACCACUCUAAAUGCUGCCAGGGUGUGAAGAAAUUGCCUCUGUUAAAGUCUUGAAAUACUGACACGCAUUUGAAGUUAGGGGUGAAUCAACAUUGGAUCAUACCAUUUCAAUUACUAAACCUCAAAUGGCACUUCACCCUUGGCUAAAUACUCCCAGUUUGGGAUUAUCUGAAUGAUACACCUUCAAGGAUGGGCAUCUUCUUGAUGCCUGGAUUUAUUCCCCUGCAUUACUUAGAAGAAAGUGUCGCAAAUGAGAAACCUCGCAGGAGGCACACCCACUUUUACCUUGGCUCAUGCCCCAAAUCAAGAUCACGAAUGGUCCUGCUGUCUAAUCCUAUAGUGACUUUAAACCUUUGACCAAACGAUAUGCCUUUGCAUCAUACUGGAAUACAUCACUGUUUAUCUAUGA